UUUCCUUCUAUGAAUCUCCACUGUCGCGGCCAAGAACAGAUAGCUCUUCCCUACGCUUCCGCCCUUCUGAAUUCUCCGCUAUCACUUGGAACUGAGACUCGCUUCCACAAAUACAAAACAAAUCAAUAUCGUCUGUAGACGUUUCAUCCGGUGGUCAUCCUCCAUUUAUCAGGAUUGAGAGCCAUGCUUAGCUUAAGCCUUAAUUCCUCCUCCGUUUCGCCACCCAAAUUCCCACCUCACAGUUCCUUUAGCCGGAGGAGCAUGAGAUCAUGGAUUCAUUCUCCUUGCUUGAGGAGGAAGAAUUUAGGGUUUUGGAGUUGGCCAAAGGCGGUUCUGAGCGCGGAGAGGGCGGUUGAAAACGGGGGAGGGAAGGCUGAGGAGGCGGAAGAGUAUGACGCCAUCGUGAUUGGAUCGGGGAUCGGGGGAUUGGUGGCAGCUACGCAGCUUGCUGUUAAGGGGGCUAGGGUUUUGGUGCUCGAGAAAUACGUGAUUCCCGGUGGAAGCUCUGGGUUCUACCAGAGGGACGGCUUCACUUUUGAUGUAGGCUCAUCCGUCAUGUUUGGGUUUAGCGACAAGGGUAAUCUGAACUUAAUUACACAAGCAUUGGAGGCAGUUGAUUGCAAGUUGCAGGUCAUACCUGACCCUACUACAGUUCACUUUCACCUUCCGGAUAACCUUUCUGUUCGUGUACAUAGGGAAUAUGAUAUGUUCAUUUCAGAACUUGUCAAUCAUUUCCCCCAUGAGAAGGAAGGGAUCCAUAGAUUUUAUAAUGAGUGCUGGAAGAUUUUCAAUUCGUUGAAUUCAUUGGAGCUCAAGUCAUUGGAGGAGCCCAUAUACCUUUUUGGGCAGUUUUUCAAGAAGCCUGUUGAAUGUCUGACACUUGGUAAUUCAUCAACUUUCUAUCUGCCUCAAAAUGCUGGUGAUAUUGCUCGAAAAUUUAUAAAAGAUCCUCAAUUGCUGUCCUUCAUUGAUGCUGAGUGUUUCAUUGUGAGCACAGUCAACGCUCUGCAUACACCAAUGAUUAAUGCAAGCAUGGUACUUUGUGAUAGACAUUUUGGAGGAAUCAAUUACCCUGUUGGUGGUGUUGGUGGUAUAGCUAAAGCUUUGGCAAAUGGACUAGUUAAUAAGGGCAGUAAACUACUUUAUAAGGCGAACGUGACAAACAUUGUGCUUAAAGAUGGAAAAGCUGUAGGAGUGAGGCUAUCAGAUGGAAGGGAGUUCUUUGCCAAAACAGUGAUAUCAAAUGCAACUAGAUGGGAUACAUUUGGUAAAUUGUUAAAAGUUGAUGACAUUCCACAAGAGGAGAAAAACUUCCAAAAAAUCUAUUUGAAGGCACCAUCAUUUCUUUCCAUUCACAUGGGGGUUAAAGCAUUCGUUUUGCCUCCUGAUACAGACUGCCACCAUUUCAUUCUAGAGGACAACUGGGAUAAGUUAGAGAUGCCUUAUGGAAGCAUCUUUUUGAGUAUUCCAACGGUUCUUGAUCCAUCUUUGACUCCUGAAGGGCAUCACAUUUUUCAUAUAUUUACAACAUCAAGUUUAGAAGAUUGGCAGGGUCUAUCUCGCAAGGAAUAUGAAGAGAAGAAGGAACUUGUGGCUGAUGAAAUCAUCACGAGGCUUGAAAAGAAACUAUUUCCUGGUCUCAAGGACUCAGUAGUGCUAAAAGAGGUGGGUACGCCAAAAACUCAUAGGAGAUUUCUUGGCAGGGAUAGUGGUACUUAUGGCCCAAUGCCACGAAAUGUACCUAAAGGUUUGCUUGGGAUGCCUUUUAAUACAACGGCCAUUAACGGUCUUUACUGCGUUGGUGACAGCUGUUUCCCAGGACAAGGAGUUAUAGCUGUUGCCUUUUCUGGAAUAAUGUGUGCUCAUAGAGUUGCUGCUGAUCUUGGGUUAGAGAAAAGAGCUCCAGUUUUGGAUGCUGCCUUCUUACGUCUUCUUGGGUGGUUAAGGACAAUUGCAUGAGGUGUAAAUCAAGCCCCCAGCAGUUUUUCAUUCAGCAGCACAGGCUAGUUUUUGAUGGAUUGCGGAUGCAGCAUUACCAUUUCUUGGCUGCUUUGGGAGCAGGAGGUACUUGCAAAUGGUUCUAGAUUGGUCAUUAUGGAUUCAAGGCAUGGUUGAGAAUAGCUAAUGAAGAAUGAUAACCUGUACAGUUUUAUUGAUAUUUUUCUUGCAAACUUGUUUAUAUUAGGAAAAUUUACCUUCUUUUUAACAAGAAAGAAAAAUGUACCUUUUAAACUCAUGAAUGAGACCUUUGCGUCAAAAUUUUGGAUCAAGAAGUUAGAAUUUGUCAUGACUA